AAAUUCAAAUAUACAGAGUUGUAACAGAAGGUGAUUUUUCUGCAUACGAUAAGACCAUAUUGAGAUUUAAAAUUGCUCAAGUUUAUCCUGCAUUUGGUUGGGUUUCCUGAUCCAAUCUGACAAAUGUGGUUUUGCUGAAAAAUUGUUGAUUUCAAUUCUUUAGCUUGAAUUGAGUGAAGGGUCAUAAUUGGAUUCUUGAUUUGGGGUUCAAAGAUUUGAACUUUUUAUCAAUCCCUCAGCUGCUUUUGAAUUCAUGAAUUGAGUGGCGGGUGAUCUUGAAUUCUUGAUUUGGGGGGUUCAAAGAUUUGAAUUGGGUGACAGGACAUCUUGAAUUCUUGAUUUGGGGGGUUCAAAAAUUUGAACUUUAUUAAUUGGUUAGCUGCUUUGGAUCAAUCUGAUAGAUUUGUUAUUUUCAAAUUACUGUUUUGGAGGUGAAUUGUGGAAGAGAGUGGUAAAAGAUGCGACGGCGGGCGGCCGAAUAUCGGCGCCCGGUUCGAAGGAAGCUCUCUUGUUGGAUCUGUUCACUUCUUGGGAUAUUCUUAAUUGCAGGUUUUGUAUUGUUUGUAGUUCAUCAUCACCAUGACCGCGAGGAUCACGUAGAACAGCCUAUUUUGGAAAGAGAGUCCAGGAAUGAAGAGGUUGUGCAUGAGCAUCUAAAUCUUACACAAGAAACUUCAAGUGCUAAUUCAUAUGCCAGACAGUUAGCAGAGCAGAUGACAUUAGCCAAAGCUUAUAUUGUUAUUGCAAAAGAGCACAACAACCUUCAUCUUGCUUGGGAGCUAAGUUCAAAGAUAAGAAGUUGUCAACUUUUACUAUCAAAGGCUGCAAUGAAGGAAGAGCCUAUUUCUCUGGAUGAAGCAGAACCAAUAAUAAAAAGUCUAUCUUCUCUUAUCUCUAAGCCACAAGAUGCGCACUAUGAUAUUGCAACCACUAUGAUGACAAUGAAAUCACACAUUCAAGCUCUAGAGGAGCGUGCUAAUGCCGCGUCUGUCCAAAGUAUGAUGUUUGGACAGUUAACAGCUGAGUCCCUGCCCAAGAACCUACACUGCCUAGAAAUCAAACUCAUGUCCGAUUGGCUUACAAGAAAGUCGCUGCAGGAUUUUGCUGAUGAGAGGAGAAACUCCCCUAGAUUAGUGGACAAUAAUUUGUAUCACUUCUGCAUAUUUUCAGAUAAUCUGUUGGCAGUUUCAGCAGUUGUUAACUCAACGAUGUCCAAUGCUGAUCACCCUAAGCAGCUUGUGUUCCAUAUUGUAACAGAUGUGAUACACUACGGAAUGAUGCAGGCUUGGUUCUUAAAUAAUGACUUCAAAGGUUCUACAGUAGAAGUGCAGAAUAUUGAAGACUUGACUUGGUUGAAUUCAUCUUAUUCUCCAGCUUUAAAGCAGCUUAGAGAAGCAGACUCCAGGAAGUAUUACUUUGAUGGGUCUGAGGACGCAAGUAUUGAGCCAAAGUUCCGGAAUCCAAAGUAUAUAUCUGUGUUGAAUCACCUUCGGUUUUACAUACCUGAGAUCUAUCCCCAGUUAGAGAAGAUAGUCUUUCUUGACGAUGAUGUGGUAGUGCAGAAAGAUCUGACACCUCUCUUUUCGUUGGAUUUGCACGGGAACGUGAAUGGAGCAGUGGAAACUUGUCUUGAAGCUUUUCAUCGGUAUUACAAGUAUCUCAAUUUCUCAAAUCCACUCAUCAGCUCAAGGUUUGAUCCUCAAGCAUGUGGGUGGGCAUUUGGUAUGAAUGUUUUUGAUUUGAUGGCGUGGAGGAAAGCAAAUGUUACGGCGCGAUAUCAUUACUGGCUAGAACAAAAUGCCGAUAGGACGCUUUGGAAGCUGGGUACCCUUCCACCAGGAUUAUUAGCUUUUUAUGGAUUGACGGAGCCGCUUGAUAGGAGAUGGCAUGUCUUAGGAUUAGGUUAUGACCUUAACGUUGACAGUCGCCUCAUAGAGAGUGCAGCAGUAGUUCAUUUCAAUGGGAACAUGAAGCCAUGGCUUAAGUUGGGCAUUAGCAAGUAUAGACCUUUGUGGGAACGGUAUGUAAAUCAGACACACCCAUACCUUCGGGAUUGCGCCACACAUUGAAUUGCUAUAUUUUUCAACAAUGGUAAACAUACUCGGUCACUAUUCUUUAAGUCUUACAAUUGUAUUUUUACAUCAUUGUAGAGUGAAAGUACAAAAUUUUGGCCUUAAAAGAGUCUUCUUUCAGUUUUAUUAGCAUGAAAGAGGAAAUUGACUACUACCAUGUAAUAGAAGCUUAGCAUGCAUCAAGCUACGGGUUUAGAGAAAUCAUCUUUUGGUUGAGUCAUUUUCUCUGUCUCUACAAAUGAUGGAACAAAUGUUCCUAGCAAUUUUCGUCGUGAUCUUUCAGCUCCUCUGGUCAACUAGCACUAGCAUGUCUAGUUGCCCGUUAUUAUUUCUUUUCUUCAAUACAUGAAUCCGAUAGCAUUAGUUACUGUAAUAUAAAUUCUGCAACAUGUUUUAAGGGAUAUUUAUAGCUAAAUAUGAUGCAUUCAGAUGACUAUAUUGGUUUUUUCAUGA